AUGUCCAAAGUCGUCAGGAGCGUCAAAAACGUCACGAAGGGUUAUAGCAGUGUGCAGAUCAAGGUGCGAAAUGCUACCUCUAAUGACCCAUGGGGCCCGACGGGCACAGACAUGGCAGAAAUCGCUGCCUUGACAUUCAACAACCCCAGCGACUUCUACGAGAUUAUGGAUAUGCUCGACAAGCGUCUGAACGAUAAGGGCAAGAACUGGCGACACGUCCUGAAGUCUCUCAAAGUGCUUGACUACUGUCUACAUGAGGGUUCCGAGCUGGUGGUGACAUGGGCAAGGAAAAACAUUUACAUUAUCAAGACAUUGAGGGAAUUCAUGUAUAUUGAUGAAGAUGGAAAAGAUGUUGGACAGAAUGUUCGCACAUCUGCGAAGGAAUUGACAUCGCUCAUCCUUGACGAAGAGCGCCUCCGGAGUGAACGAUCCGACCGGAAGUUGUGGAAGACCCGUGUACAUGGCAUCGACGAGUACGCACCACAGGCCAUCUCAGGCCCCUCUGGCCCCUCUCACAGGCAUGGCGGCCGACGUUCCAGCCAAGAGAAUGACCGAGAACAGGCGGAUUUGGAAGAAGCUUUGCGAAGAAGUAUGAUGUCUGAAGAUGCGGCGAUGAGCCGCCCCACGAAGCAGAACGAUGACGAGACCGAUCCGGAGCUGAGACGUGCAAUCCAGUUGAGCAAAGAGGAAGCAGAUCUCCGGGCGCGUCAACUCGAGGAUGCGAAUGCUGCAUCCUUGUUUGAUGACACUCCAGCGCCAACCCAACCCCAGCCUACAGGGUACAAUCAAGGUUACCAGCAACAACCUGCUGUCGACUGGUUUGGAAAUCCUCUUCAGCAGCAGCCGCAAAGUACUGGAUACUUGAACAAUCAAUACGCCCAGCCCCAACAGACCGGUUACCAGACUGGCUUUCCGAACGGCUUCCAGCCUUCCCAACCAACAGGAUACGAUCAAUUUGGCCAGCAGCCCUUCCUUCAGCAACAAAACACAAUUCAACCACAACAGACCGCUUUCCAAACCAACAAUCCUUAUGGAUUGCAACCAUCUGGGGAUAUGUUUGGAGCGCAAUCGCCUCAAUCACAACCUACGCUCCAGCCAGGAACCAACAAUCCUUGGGCGACACAAUCUCCACAAGCUGCUGAACCGCUAAUGCCUUUGCCAACAGGCUCAAACAAUCCUUUCGCGCAAAGGACACAACAGGCUUCGCCGUCUCCAUUCCAGCGCACCACUACUCAGCCUUCCUUAGGCACUUUAUUCGAGUCACAACCUACCAAUCAAUUCAACCAGCCAUCUCAGCCGAAUCCUAUCACGAACUAUCAACCAUCUCCACAGCCGUCGUUCCAGCAGCAGCAGCAGAAGCCUACCAACCCACAACAUGCCAGACUCAACGCCUUACUGGCCUCCGGCGAAGGUCAGGACACGUUCGGUAAUACGGGCGAUCUACGUAUACCGGCGCAACAUACGGCACCUGGUACCUUUGUCAACUCGGCAGGCCAAGGCAUCGAUCGCCUUCGCGCGGCACAGACUGGCACGAAUCCCUUCUUUUCGUCGCAAGCUACUGGUUUUGGUCAACAAAUGCCUGCCCAGACUGGCCCUGCAAGCGGAUAUGGUGGGGGAUUUGGUCAACAGAAUAAUAAUCCCUUUGGAGCCAGGCCGGUUGGCCAGCAGAGCGGAAGUCUGAUCGACUUGUAG